CUGUUCUUCCUUCCUGCACCUCAGGGUGUUGCAUAUUUGCGCCCUUCUACAUAUCUCACAUUUCCAUUGAUCAGACCGGCAUCAUGCCUGAGAUCGCGGAGGUAGCACGCAUAGUGCACUACCUCAAAAAGCACCUCGUCGGCCGCACAAUCGCCUCCGUCCGCGCGGAAGAAGACGACCUCCUCUUCGGCAAAGUCGGCACCUCAGCAUCGGCCUUCAAAACCGCCAUGACCGGCAAGAAGGUCCUCGACGCCCGCCAACAAGGGAAAUACUUUUGGCUUGUCAUGGAUUCGAAACCGCAUCCGCUCAUGCACCUGGGAAUGACUGGAUGGAUCAAGUUUAGCAAUGAUGAUACGGGUGCGUAUUAUAGGCCGAAGAAGGAGGAAACAGAUUGGCCACCGAGGUUUUGGAAGUUCGUGUUGGACUUGAAGGGAGAGCCGAAAUGUGAGGUUGCAUUCGUGGAUCCGAGAAGGUUGGGGAGAUGCAGGUUGAUCGAUGUUGAGGCGGAUGAGAUGAGGAAGACAUCGCCGCUGAGAGAGAAUGGGCCUGAUCCGGUGAUUGAUAAAGAUGUGCUGACUGUGGAGUGGCUGACACAACUAUUGAGGCGAAAGAAAGUGCCAGUCAAGGCGCUGUUGCUCGAUCAGGCGAACAUAUCCGGGAUAGGGAAUUGGGUCGCGGACGAAACGAUGUAUCAGGCGAAGUUACAUCCGGAACAGUACAGCAAUACCUUCAGCGACGAACAGACCAAGAGGUUGCAUGACGCGAUCAUGUAUGUAUGCGGUACGGCGGUGGACACACUUGCUGAGUCAGACAAGUUCCCAGAGGACUGGCUGAUGAAGUAUCGAUGGGACAAGGGCAAGAAGAAUGGCGGCAAGUUACCAAAUGGCGCAAAGAUCACAUUCUUGACGGUUGGCGGGCGCACAUCUGCUGUAGUACCCAGUGUGCAGAAGAAGACAGCAGCUGUUGCCGGCGAUGUGUCUGAGGGUGCCGAAGAUGAGAGCGAGGAUGGUGAAGUAGAAGUUGAGCCAAAGAAGAGUGCAAAGAGAAAAACUAAGGUUGCAAAAGACAAAGAGCUUGAGCAAGCCCAGACAACGGCAGCAGCAAACACACCAAAGCGAGGGCGGAAGAAGGCUGAUUACGGGGUGAAAAAUGAGUCUGAGGAAGGCGAGGAGGAGGCACCUGCCCCAAAGAAGCAGAAGACAAGCACCACACCAAAUAAGGCAACGCCGAGGAAGGCUACAUCAGAGAAGGAAACAGCAGCAGUCAAGGAAGAGUUCAAAGAGGCGUCCGAAGAGGUUCCAGCUGCCACCAAGACUAAGAAGGCUGCCAGCGCAGCGCCCAAAAAGGGCAAGAAGACAGAACCCAAAGAAAAGAUCAAGAGUGAAGCAACAAGCAGACUGCGGCGAUCAGGGCGCACGGUGGAGUGAGAACAUAAUGAUCUGUAUAUGAUUCACGACCUGUAUACUAUUUGGCACCUUCGAGAUGUGGACAACAUUGAGAUAAGUGUGCUUCUUGUGUUAUCUUUUUGCCUUGAACUUGCCUCUAUGGAGUAUGCCCUUCCCAAUAGAAAUAGCAGAGCUUG